AUGGACAACGUGAAGACACGCAUUCGUAUUAAACACGAUGGUCAUUGCUUCUGGGCGGCGCCCUUCGUCUUCAAAACUUCCUGCCACUUUAAAGUGCACGAUUUUCCAUUUGAUAAGCAGCAGUGUAAACUUAAGUUUGGAUCGUGGCUAUUCACCUCGAAAGACCUUGAUCUGUUCAGAAAGAAUGAAAAGGCUCAAGUUGCAGAAAACAUGCUUGACAACGGCGAGUGGGAUGUGACAUCGAUUGACAUCAAAAAAAAUGUGGUAACAUAUUCUUGCUGUCCGGACGACAAGUACCCUGACAUCACCUUUGUGAUCAACCUUAAGAGGCGGUCGUUGUUUUACACUUACAAUUUGAUCAUCCCUAACUUUCUCAUAGCACUGCUCGCGUUCUUUUCUUUUUACAUCCCUGUGGAGUGCGGAGAGAGAAUUUCGUUCGUGAUCACUGUUCUGUUGAGCAUGACUGUUUUCUUGCUGUUGGUGGCAGAGAGUAUACCGCCUACAUCUGAGGCUGUCCCGGUCAUAGGCAUGUACUAUACCAGUUCCAUUAUCGAGGUCGCUCUUGCACUGGUUGCGACUGGAAUCAGUCUUAAGGUGUAUUACACUUACUUAUACGGGAGCGGUUUGUCGCCCGGCUUGAGGAAAUUCCUCUUCUACCGCCUCGCGCCACUGCUCUGUUUUAAUACCGAAAUCGCUGGCAAAAAGGAACACCGUAAAAAGAAGUCCUGCCUUGGAAAUCCUUUUAAAUUUCUUAAUAAGCUCAGACCAAGCUCUCAGCGAAACAGUGAUCUUUCCAUGUACAAUGUUUCCGUGAACUGCGAUGCAGUUACUCCGCAUGUGCAGAAAAAUGGCGGUGUGAAUUUGGACUCCGUCGAAAUGAGGAAAAGUAAUACCAAGGGUGUUGUAGACUCGCAAGACGAAUUAUCAGACCAGGAAUUACGGCAACGUUUUAAACAAGACGCCGUGUCGGCUGAACUUAAGUCAAUCUGCUCAGUAGUAAAGGAUCAUAAAGACUCGGAGAGGCAUGCCGCCGAAUGCAGAAUUGCAGCUGCCAUUGUGGAUCGAGCUUUUAUGGUUCUGUUUGUCUUGGUCUUUUGCCUCUCUACCCUGGUCAUUCUGUGUUUACCUUUUAUAAACAACUCAUAG